AAAAAGAUUUUAAAUAAACUGUUCUUACAUAUUUUAAAUAAUGCCGAAAUCAAAAUCGACCAAAAAGAGGAUCACAGUGAAAAGUGAGAAAAAAGAUGUUCCCCCAUCCACAAAGAAGGAAGCUGCAUCAUCAAUGAGCAGUGAUGAGGAUGACUGGGAAGAGGUGGAAGAAGAUAAAAUCAACCAAUCCAAUAUAGCUGUAAAGGAUGUUGAAAUUGAAUUUGACUUGCCUGGAGUCGUUCAGAAACAAAGAAAGAAAAAUUCAGCAAAAGAUUGGAUUCUUGCAUUUGUGAAGCGAUGCAUGAAUAAAAAUAUUAAAGAUCGGCAAAUAUCUUUGCAUAAAGUACAUUUGGUUUGCUUGUUAUCUGUUGGCUUCCAGUUAAAUGAAGUCGGUUCAAGUGAGGAUCUUCAAGCAUUAAUUCUUUCAACUCUGCCAGAGAAGUUUAUAGAUCCACAACCUAAGUUAAUGACUAUUGAACGUUUAACCAACUUACUGAACUGGAUCACUUCAAAGUUCACAAAAGGCAACAAUGCUGUAACUUUAAAAAAUCAAGGUAUGGUUAAUAUUGGUGAAAAAGAAAAAUGUAUUGAGAAAUGCAUUGAGAUUGAAAGCGUACAACAAAAACUGGACUUAGUUUUGUUGUGUUUGGUUUUAUUUCGUGCCUUGGGAUUACAAGUUCGUUUUGUGUUUUCUGUCCACCCCAUUUCAUUUAAACCACCAAAAUAUGAAGAAGUGGAAAAGAAUGCCCUCAAACUGGCAAAUCAUUUGGAAAAGUUAAAAAAAGUUACAGCAAACCAGUGUGAGAAUUUAGAAGAACUUCUCUGCAAAGUACGUUUGGUUAACUUUACACCUGAAGAGAUAAAGGAGGAAUCCAUACCACAAGUGGAUGGGGCUUGCGACGAUGAAACCACUCAACCACGUCGGUCAACUCGUAAACGGACAAAAGUUUUGGCUGAAGCAAAAACUAACAAGAACUCAAGUUCUAGAACAAAAAGGCAAAAACCAAACGAAAAAUCGUCAAGUGAAACCGAAGUUGUGUCAAAAUAUGAAUUUAAAGACAGCUCUUUGACAAAGGAAGCGACAAAUACGAACAGUAAUAAUUCAAAGGAAGUUUCAAAGCAUUUUAAAUCCAAGGUGGGAAACAAAUCAAGACCGCAAAGAAACAUUUCACCUUCUAAAAAGCUCAGCAUCAUGGUUAGCAAUGAUAAACCUGCGUUUGAGGAUAAUAAGCCGUGUGCGGACCAGCAAAACCAUAUAUCUGAUGAUCAAGAUGCAGUCACACGAAAGCGAAAAAAUGAUGAAGAACAAGAGAAAGAAAACAAAGUAAAGCGUACUUUGAGAAAGAUUGCCGUUAAGAUUAAAUCUUGCCCUAAGGAUUCUGGACAUUUAUCCGAGGAGAAUAAUGAUUUUGAAACAACUGUUUCAAAAAAACGUAAAACAAGAAGCAAUAAAACCAAACCAAAGACACAGAAAGCACAGAAACAAGAUACUGUUUUAUCUGAUGAGGAAGAUGACUUUUUGCCGGAUCAAAAACCUGACUCUGAUGAUGAUGAGGACAGUGAUUUUGAAGCUGUGGAGCAUAAAAAAGCAAAACUUUCAACAUCAAGACCCUCCCAGUUAAAGAAACCACCAACAAAAAAACCAGUCAAGAAAGCAUCUGGAACCAAAUCAAAAUCAAACAAUCAAAAUAGUGAAAAAGAUAUCAAUGAAUGGCUAGAAGUUUAUAUUGCUAAGGUCGGUUGGGUGACAGUGGAUUGUGUGUCUGGUGUUAUUAACGAACCAGAUGCUAUUGAAUCAAAAACUACAAAUCCUAUUCAAUAUGUUCUUUCAUUUGAUGGCAACAAUAGUGUGAAAGAUGUUACAUCAAGAUACGCUUCUCAGUGGCUCAUUAUGACAAGGAAACUGAGAAUAGGUUACCUUGAAAAAGAUUGGUGGAACAAUCUACUUGCCUGUUAUAAAACUAAAAACAAGGCUCAAGAUUUGGAGGAGAACAAGCAGUUAGAAGCAAAGUUGCUUUCACAGCCAUUGCCGACCAGCAUUGCUGCAUUCAAGAGCCAUCCUCUUUUUGCUCUGCGGCGUCAUUUGCUAAAAUAUGAAGCUGUAUACCCACCAGAUGUGCCACCCCUUGGUUAUGUUAAAAGUGAAGAAGUUUUACCUCGUUCCUCUGUCCAUUGUUUGCACACCAAAGAGAAAUGGCUUCAAUCUGCAUUAACAGUAAGAGAUGGUGAGCAACCUUACAAGAUGGUUGCAUCUUACUUACUUAAUAAAAAGCUUCAGAGGAACUCAGAUACGCCAUCUUUAGCUUUAUUUGGAGAAUGGGAUGCAGUCACACGAAAGCGAAAAAAUGAUGAAGAACAAGAGAAAGAAAACAAAGUAAAGCGUACUUUGAGAAAGACUACCGUUAAGAUUAAAUCUUACCCUGAGGAUUCUGGACAUUUAUCCGAGGAGAAUAAUGAUUUUGAAACAACUGUUACAAAAAAACGUAAAACAAGAAGCAAUAAAACCAAACCAAAGACACAGAAAGUACAGAAACAAGAUGUUGUUUUAUCUGAUGAGGAAGAGGACUUUUUGCCGGAUCAAAAACCUGACUCUGAUGAUGAUGAGGACAGUGAUUUUGAAGCUGUGGAGCAUAAAAAAGCAAAACCUUCGACAUCAAGACCGUCCCAGUUAAAGAAACCACCAACAAAAAAACCAGUGAAGAAAGCAUCUGGAACCAAAUCAAAAUCAAACAAUCAAAAUAGUGAAAAAGAUAUCAAUGAAUGGCUAGAAGUUUAUAUUGCUAAGGUCGGUUGGGUGACAGUGGAUUGUGUGUCUGGUGUUAUUAACGAACCAGACGCUAUUGAAUCAAAAACUACAAAUCCUAUUCAAUAUGUUCUUUCAUUUGAUGGCAACAAUAGUGUGAAGGAUGUUACAUCAAGAUAUGCUUCUCAGUGGCUCAUUAUGACAAGGAAACUGAGAAUAGGUUACCUUGAAAAAGAUUGGUGGAACAAUCUACUUGCCUGUUAUAAAACUAAAAAACAAGUUAGUUAUAAUUCAGUUUACUCAUACAAUGUUCAGGCUCAAGAUUUGGAGGAGAACAAGCAGUUAGAAGCAAAGUUGCUUUCACAGCCAUUGCCGACCAGCAUUGCUGCAUUCAAGAGCCAUCCUCUUUUUGCUCUGCGGCGUCAUUUGCUAAAAUAUGAAGCUGUAUACCCACCAGAUGUGCCACCCCUUGGUUAUGUUAAAAGUGAAGAAGUUUUACCUCGUUCCUCUGUCCAUUGUUUGCACACCAAAGAGAAAUGGCUUCAAUCUGCAUUAACAGUAAGAGAUGGUGAGCAACCUUACAAGAUGGUUGCAUCUUACUUACUUAAUAAAAAGCUUCAGAGGGACUCAGAUACGCCAUCUUUAGCUUUAUUUGGAGAAUGGCAGUGUGACCCUUACCAACCUCCUGUUGCGGAAGGGGGAAAAGUACCAAGAAAUGAUUUUGGCAAUGUUGAUUUAUACCAGCCAUCCAUGCUACCCAUUGGAUGUGUUCAUUUGAGAUUACCAAACCUUCAAGUCGUUGCUAAGAAACUAAACAUUGAUAUUGCUUCUGCUGUUGUUGGGUUCGAUACACACCAUGGGUUUCCCCAUCCAACUUUGGAUGGUUAUGUUGUGUGUAAAGAGUUUGAGGAGGUAUUAACUGAUGCUUGGGAAGAGGAAGAAACCUUGGCAGCUGAACGUGCUUUUGCAAAACGCGAGGAACGAGUUUUGAAAAAUUGGAAACUUCUUUUUCGUGGAGUUCUUACUUUAGAGCGGCUCCGAAAUAAAUACAAAGAUGUUGAACCAAUAGAUUCGACCCCAAAUGAACAACAAACAUCAGCAGACGAGAAGACUCCUGCAACUACCAGUUCAGCUUGGCAAACAGAAAGAUUACAGAAUGAAAAGGAGAAGCAAAAACCUAAAAGGAAAACGCGUGCAGCGAAGAAAAAGACAAAUAAAAACAAUUUUCCAUAUGAAGUGGAAACCAUUUGAACUAUUUGUUAAACCAUAAUAAGUGUUGACUUCGUUCUUGUAUUAUUUUUAAUUUUUUCAAUCAUAUUGGUGAUUUCACAGUAUGCACUCUUCAUUUUUUCUUUUUAACAAACUUUGUAUGACAAAUCGUGAAGGUA